GAGAGAGAGACUUAAAAAUCAAAAAAUGUUGUCUCCAAUAUAGCCUUGCUAAAUUAGCAUUGGAGAGCCAUUGCGUUAAUUUACUUUAUAUAUAAAUGCGGGUAAGCGAGAGAGAAAGAGAGCGUGUGUGUCUUGUUGUGCGUUGAACUGGGAUGAGAUGGAGAUGGUGGCUGCUAUCAGUGAACAAAUAAAGUGGGUUCAACUCGGAGCGAGUCGUAGUAGAAGAGAUCAUUCAGUCUUUGAGCGAUCAUGAAGAGGGAAAGGAAUCCCAUUGAGUGUAUCUUUCUGUGUGAAUUCCACGCUAUUGCCGGUCCGAGGAUUAUGAUACAAGUCCCCUCGGAUUUUGUAUCGCGUGAAGUUUUUCAAACUGUUAAUCGGUACAUCAUACCAAAGGUGCAACAGUUACAGCGCACCUUCAUCUGCCUCUCAAUGCUGGGAAUGAAAAUUCUCGGGUAUCCACAGAAAAUUCUCAGCAAUAGCUAUGCACGUAAUGCUUUCCAUUUCAAUGUUUGUUUCGUCUUUCGACCUACGACCCGUUCAGUGGCCUUUGAGCCAGUUGUGCGGAAACUCACAGAGUAUCUCAUGGAUUUGGAAUUAAGUGAUAAGAUGCUUUCACAUGCAACUAAUGAACAAAUUUUUCAAACACUCCAAAACUUUCUAACGCGCAUCCGAAAUGAUAUCAAUCGCACCGGGAUUUGUUUACUGCAAGAAGGCACCACUACCAUACCACUGUGCGUAACUGAACCAGAAUGUGGAGAAUCAGCAGCAGGUGUGAUUGUUGGAGCCCAUCAAGCACCUGUUAUACUGCCAAGCUUUCAUGGUUACGACAAGGAUCAAUGGGAUCUGACGACACUACGAUUACUCCCCUACAUUACAGGCUUCAAUCAUGUUGGUCGUAUUAGUGCCCUUGCAGACGUUGCACUGGACCUCGUGCGUGAAUGCAUUCGCCACUUAGUCGUUCUACGUGUUGCCAUUUUGGUACCACUCUUCCAAUACAGCAACAUGUACCGACCUACACCCCGCCUAGCUAACCUGGCUAAAUGUCCACGAUUACAGAAACGCUGUAUCGCUCAAUGUAGUAAAGUACCUGCUAGGUGCGAUGUACGCGAUGUUUUUCGGAUGUUUGCAAGUAUGGCUCAUGGUGCAACAUAUGGGGAGAUAUGUGUGCGCUUUAACCCGGCCGCACUUUCAAUAAAUGAUCGCCAAAUGGUACUUUUUGGCCUCCUUGAAGGACUCAUUCGUACAGUUCACCGCUACCCGGUUAGUCUAUCAGUUCGACACCAUCCCCCAGAUGAAGCACGCCUUUCACGACCCCUACCUACAGCUAGACCCGCAACUACGGCACCCCAGAGACAGCAUAAACCCUUCACAGGGCGUACAUGUACACACGAAAUUUGCUGCUCAGGAGGAUUCUCAUCACGUCAACUAGACUCAUUGCUAGAACGUGAUCAGGAAUGCGUGGUGCUAUACAAGUGAUAUUAUGUGACUAGACUACCCAAUCAUUGCCUAAGUAGAAUGUUUAAUGUGUGUUUAUAUAUUUUUUUAUCAUAUUAAAAAAUUGUUCUAUUAAAGUA